AUGACAUCAGCUCACAGGUCCUUCGGACCAGUGAUCCUGGUGUCUUCCACGACUGAUGGCACAGAAGAAGGGCCUUGUGACGUCAUUUCCGAGGAUAAUAAUACAUACGUGUGCUGUAAUGAUACUAUGAUGUUGCGCGGAAUCGGAAAAAAUGCCGCCUGUUGUGGGCAGGCCGUUUACAAAUACGACACACAUAUGUGCUGUGAUGGUAAAAUUUAUGAAGACGUUGCAGAUUUGGAGUGUUGUGGUAAAGAGAGAUUCAGUGUGAAAUACCAAGUGUGUCCUUCAGACAAGAUCAUUACAGAUGGGGACUUAAUGCUAUGUGGAAAUGACUACUACCAUUCUGGCUAUCGGAUGUGCUGUGGCCAAAUCACAUACCCUAUCUAUCAUCACGCUCGUUGUUGUGGCGAACGAAUGCAUGACAUAAGGACAAGCAUGUGUAUUGAUGGUGAGAUAGUCGAUCUGUUGACAGAAUGCUGUGGUGGUUCUGCCAUGAAUUCACAGUUUGAGCUUUGUUGUGAUGGAGGUUCUGGUGAAUAUUUCCCUAUAGUUAAGAACAAACCAGACGAUGACCGAUGCUGCCGGACGGAUGGCAAGACAUACACAAGUGCAACACAUGACUGUGGACCAAACGGGGUAGAACGGCGACGCUUACUCAUUUCUCACUGUGGAACACAAGAAUACAAUCCCAUCAGGGAUAUCUGUUGUGAGGGAUUUGUGUACAGAGGUGGCAAAUCUAGGGGACUCCAUUGUCAGGAUAUCAUAAGUCAUCCAACGCAAACCUCUAUUGAGGAGAUAUUUUUCCUUAACUGCCCCGACCAGUGUCCAAUCUCCACAAUUACGGAAAUACAUCAAGUAUACAAGUGUUCAUUCCACGCAUUUAUUGCCAAACGGAUACAAAAAUCAAAGCAUACAUUGGGAGGUCAUCGCCGCUUUCUUGUGACCUCCGACCUUAUGGCCGCUGUGGAUAACAGGAAAAGGAUAUUCAAGUUCUCGCAAAACUGCAAAUCGUGUAUACCAAAACCAAAGCGCAUCAUCGUGAUUGUGAAAGACUUGAUCUCCCCCGUCAAAACAUUUUUCAUAUUUAAAAACACAAAGAUCACCAGGAAGCAUUUGCGGAAGAUGUGUAACUGAAUAUGCCGAACCUUACAGACCUCUGCAGCAGUACAAGGCUUUUUUGCCUGCCUAAAAUCACAUAAUGAUAUUUUCACCCUCAUA